CUCCAUUUUCAAAUCAGAAUCAUUUCUCACCUUUCUAUUUCCGCUACCCAAUUACCUCUCACACGCUUACAACAUGAAUCAAUCUCAAUCAUCAUCCUCAUCAAAAUCCCAUACCCACAAAUCCAAAUCCUCCACUGGAAGCCCUGAGACUAUAACGAUCCAAAAGAAGAAGAAGAAGCAGCAGCAGCAGCACCAACAGAGGUCUAGAAACCCAUUUCAAGAUCUCAAUAAUGGUGGCGGCAUUACUAGCUCCGGCACCAACGUCGAUGGCCAUGAUAGUUGCAGCAAUGCUUCUUCUUUGUCCUCCGUUGAAGCUCCUAAGGGCUGUCUCAGGUUCUUUCUCUCUCAUACUUCUUCUUCUACCAAAACCCCUUUCACUAGUACUAGUCACAGACCCACUAGAGUAAAACUCCUUUCCUCGAAAACUCCUAAGACUGCCCCUAAUGUGCGUCCAGCGAAGGAGAACUUGUCGAGAAGAACCAUUUUUUGUAAACCCAUUUCGCAGAAGUUGGAGAAAGUUACGUUAGGCCUUCCUCAAUCUGGAAGCAAACCCAACUCGAGGAAUGUUUCAAAUUCGAAACUUUCUUCAGUUUUGGACAGCAGUGGCAGUCCUAAAAAUAAAAUGAAAACUUGCUCUAGAGAGUUGAAACAGGUAGUAGUUGAUGGAGUUAGAGACUGUGAUGGAUCAAAUUCGACUCCUUUAAAUAAGGUGGCAUAUGGGUCGGGUUUGAAUCUCGUAGUCGACAAUAAGGUUAGAAAUGAGGAUGGUGAUGACGAGAAAUCAAACACUAAAACUAAUAUUAACACAAACUCAACAAGUAGUAAUAGUAAGACGCCUCCAGUUCAGGCCUCAGUAUCUCCAGAGAUACAAUGCGGGUCAUCUAUGAUGUCUGCGACAACGAAAACAAUCACCCCAGUUUGUUAUGGUGCUGGCCAUGUUGUGUCGGGGGUCACUGACAAGAGGAAGUGUAGGCCUAGAGGGAUACUCACUGUAGGAGAAGCUAAGCCUCUUGAUUGUUUUGAUAGCGAUGAUGAAUCUGAACAAGAGAAUGCCCCAGUUAUUGUCAACAAUUCUAGUAUUCCCAUGUUGCCUUUGCCUGCUGAGGCUUCAAUGCUUUGGCUUUUAUCGCCCUGUAAUGAGGAUGAGGAUCAAAAUGAAAUUUCUGAGGACGGUUCAUGUUGUAUACGGAGGUUAAAGGAGACUGCCAUACACAAUUUUCCUGCUUCACCUUCAUGUGGCAAUAAUGUGUUCUCAUCACAUUUAUGCAAUAAUGACACUGAUAAAAGUAUUUCUACUACCAGUCCUAGGAGCAAGACAAGGAGUGCAUCUUUGCUUUCCCCAAGGGAAGGACUUGUGGGGCCUCCUUUGUUUGAUCAUAAUGCUGUUAUAUGUUCGGAAGAAGGGAGGAAGAACUGCUAUGAACUUGAUGAAGAGAACUCCCCAUUGUCCAUAGAUUCCUUGGGGAAUGGAAAUGUAAUUCAAACCCCACAGUCUGACUCUAGCUCAGAUGGACGAUUUGGCAUAUCCUGGUUAAAUAAAGACGGUGAUAGAAAGAAUAGUAACUUCGAUUGCGAACUCAAUACAGUAGCUCAGCAUCUUCAGAUGGCUAAUUUAUCUCCCAAGAGCCAUGUGUCAAUAUGGGAUCCAACCAGUUCAAGUUUUCAGUUUGAUCAUUUGGCUACAUCUUCCAAUUCUAUUGACCUUUCCCAGUUUCAGAAAAUUUUGGAUGAUCAGGCUUCUUGGUUUUCUAAUUCAGCAACAGAACGUGUCUCACAAUCUCAAAUGAGGAUAUCAUGGAGGGAAGGAUUGGUUAGUCGGAUCUUUGAGAUGGAAGAAUUUGAUUCAUGCCGAUGCUUAUCAGAUGAAGAGGAUGAUGCCAAGAGCUGCAACGAUGACUUAAAAUCUCUCUGGAGUCCUGAUCUCAAUGUUGAUGCAGUGAAUGAAAAUAUUUCAACUAAUGGUUCUGUAUCUACCAUAUUUGUAGACAGUGAACAUGGAAUUGAUGGAACUCCUCAGGUACCAUGUUCAUGUGCAGAGUCUAUAAGCACUGAUGGCGGUGGUCUUGUUUGUUCAGAGGAUUCAGAUUGGACCUUAUGCUACAAGAACCAAUUGUUUCAAUCAUAAUGAUGACCCUCUUUAUUAUUCCUUAGCUCAAAUAGAAUAACCUUGUUAGCCUCAGCUCAAAAAGGUUCCCAAGGACCACCACUGUAAUCUAUUUGUUCCAUAAUUUGUAUUUGAAUUCCGGUUUUCUUGAA